UCGCCUAAGAAUCCUGUGACGUGGUGGAGCUCCGUCAGUGAAGCGGUGUCUGACAGAGCAGCCUGCCGGGCCAGUAGCUGCCGUGCCCGGCAGAGGAAUCCAGCAGGGCUCGGUCCAGGGCGGAGCAGGGAAGAACCGGGAGGAGGAAAACACAAAGGCGCAGCCUGACGAGCAGGCGGAGGCUGAACGUAGACGAGUUGCUGCGUUCGCGUUGCCUUCGGGACGCGGGGAACAUGUCUUUGCAUUGAUUGGACUCAGGUGAGAGAGGAUAAAUAGUGUAUUUCGCGUUGUCCGCCGCGUUCACUGCGCUUCUACUGCACAUCAGCCGCCGCGCAGAGUGAAGGAGCAGCCGCUCCUCCGCCGCUCCUCCGCCGCUGCUCCAUCCUGCGUUCGGCGCGCGGAUGCUGGGGCUUUCCCCCCGCGUUGCCGCCUCUGGAGGGGGCACGUGAACUUGGAUGGGAUGGGAAUGCACGGAAAACAGAGAAUGUAAAGUGGAGAUCGGCGGAUAACGGACACGAGCAGCAGAAGCGGCCGGAGCCGGAGAGGAGGAGCCGCGGCGGGGAGAAAAACCCCCAAACCCGCAGGUCCGUUGAGCCCGUGGGGAUGAAGACGAGGAGGGACGUCGUUUAUCCAAGGUGUCAGCGUGAUUAGAGGAGGAGCAGGUCGAGGAGAGCGUUUCCCGUCCACGGAGCGGAGGAGGCGAUGGCGGGUGCAGGCACCGGGGUCGUCACACUCCCGCCGACCGCAGACCUGUCCGCCGCCGCGGGAGCAGCGUGAGGAGGAGAUCAGAGAGAGCAAACACACAGGAGGUGACCCUUAUUAUAUCCUGAAGGAGCCAAGACACAGAGCAUGACCCUGUCUCCGUCUGCUGUGCCAAAGGACAGCCAGGGAGAAGCCUCCGCGGCCAGAGAACCGUCGGCCUUCUAGCUCCACCAGGAGCCCUUUGAACCCCGCUCCAAGCUGCACCGGGGGACCCGAACGUUCCCCCGACUCCACCAGGAGGCUCGCUCCGACCCGUCUGCCAACUCAGAUAACCCUCUGAUCGUUGGCCACCACAUGUUUGAGGUGACUGUAGGUGACCGCCGCCGCCCAUUCUCGAGCAGCAGCAGCAGCAGAAGCAGCACCCUCCCGGGACCUCGGUCUGCACCAUGCAGUGGAGACGGCGGCAUUACUGCCCCAUCAAGAUGACCUGGACCGUCAAGCGUUCGCUUUUCCGAACCCACGUGACCGGCCUCCUGUCGCUGGCUCUGCUCUUCACCCUCUUCUUGUUUUUCAGUCAUCAGGACUGGCUGCCGGGGCGCAGCGGGCCGCGGGAAAACCCGCUGACCUACACGAUAAGGGGUUUCCGCAGCCCCAAGGGAGAAGCCAAUCAGAACAGCUCCCUGAGAAGCCUGUGGAAGGAAGCAGGGUAUGCAGCGCCAAAGCCACUGCUCAACCUGAGCUCUCAACAAGCAGAGGGGGCAGCGGGGGAGGCAGGAGGAGGGGGCGGCGGCGGGGCCAGGAUGGGCGUGAUGGGGCUCGGGGAUUCCAUGAGCACCAACAACAGUUUACAGAAGGAGAUGGGAGUGGGUGGGAGGCUGAACGCUCAGCCUUACCGCUACAUCCUCAACGAGCCCUUCAAGUGCAGGGACAGCGCGCCGUUCCUCGUCCUCCUCAUCGCCGCAGAGCCCGGACAGCCCGACGCGCGCAACGCCAUCCGCCAGACGUGGGGCAACGAGAGCGUGGCCAUGGGCCUGGGGUUCGUCCGCCUUUUCCUGCUCGGUGCUGGGAAAAGCUCGGACGCCUUCCUCCAGAGCAGCAUUGAAGAAGAGAGCCGGGCUCACCAUGACAUCAUCCAACAGGACUACCAGGACACCUACUACAACCUGACUGUCAAAACCCUGAUGGGCAUGAACUGGGUGGCCACCUACUGCCCACACGCCUCCUACGUGAUGAAGACCGAUAGCGACAUGUUUGUCAACACCGAGUAUCUCAUCCAAAAGCUGCUGAAGCCCGAGCUGCCUCCCAAGCAGAGGUACUUCACCGGCUACCUGAUGCGGGGCUAUGCACCAAACCGGAACAAGGACAGUAAGUGGUACAUGCCACCAGAACUGUAUCCAAGCGAGCGCUACCCGAUAUUCUGCUCAGGCACCGGGUACGUGUUCUCAGGGGACAUGGCUGAGCUGAUCUACCAGGCCUCGCUCAGCAUCCGCCGGCUGCACCUGGAGGACGUGUACGUGGGGAUCUGCCUGGCCAAGCUGCGCAUCGACCCGGCGCCGCCGCCCAACGAGUUCCUCUUCAACCACUGGCGAGUGUCUUACUCCAGUUGUAAGUACAGCCACCUGAUCACGUCACAUCAGUUCCAGCCUAGCGAACUCAUCAAAUACUGGAACCACUUACAGAGCAACAAGCACAACGCCUGCAUCAACGUGACCAAGGAGAAGAACGGCAGGUACCGGCACCGAAGGUUUCACGGGGAGAGGCCUCCGUGACCCACCUGUGACUGUGGGAACAUGGGCACGUCGUACCUGCAGCCGGUGCCGGCAUGUUGGACUCAGCACUAAACACUGUAUGGGAAAAAAGCACAUUGAUUUUGGUAUUGUGUACAGUCGAUGAUACAAACUAUUUUUUUAAUUUGAGAGCAGAUGUUCCGUAUUGUAAACUUGUUGAGGUAUUUGACAAAGGAAGAACUGAGGACACGUGGUUGUGAUGCGUAGCGCGCUACAGCUCAGAGGUGGUGUUUAUGAUAAUUCAGGUGCCAAUGGAAAGGUGGUAAUUUAAGCUACAGUUAAUAGGAGGGUUCUCCUCUAAAGCAUAGUAACGUUUGUCACACUCGAAUCUAAAAAAAUAAAAAAAGACAAGAAGUUGUGUUUACGCAAAUAAAGGGAAAUGUACAUGUAUUCUGUUGAAAGUUACACUACCUAAAUAUGAAUGAAAGUAUCUUUAACGUUGACCAGUUAUGCUGCCCUGUUUCUCAGCGUUUACAGAUUUAUCAAAUACCAUGAGUCCAAACACUACGGCAGGAGAAGAGAAGGUUUAUCCGUCACGAACUGUAUUUUAUUUUUAAAGGAUUAACUCGCAGCCACUCAGAAUCACCCCAGAGAUGACUGAGAUUGUAUUUUUUAAAGCUUUACAUUGAGUAUGACUCUGCACUUGAAUCAAUUAACAAUUAAAUGUGCUGAAUUCA